AUGGCGACAAGCAGGCAUCGCCGAUACGAGAGGAGGGAAGAAGAGCACCAUGGUGUGAAGGACAUGUGCUCCUCUGGUGGUUUCCUCUCAGUCAUGCCCUGUGCCCUCGUCUUGUUCUUGUCAAGCCUUGCGACUGCCGGCGCGUCCGCUCACUCCCCGCUCGCCAUCGCUGAUGGCUUGAACCUGCUCGGAGCUGACGGCUUGAGUCUGCUGGGAGGUAACGAUCCUGAUCUGAAGAAGUUACAAACGGACAUGGUCAAGAACGUGUUCAAGCAGUUGGAAACGCGCGAGGACAGCGUAGAAGAGAAGGUGGAAAAGGCAUGGAGAGUGAUAGCUCGCAGAGGAAACUGUGAGCUAAGUGACCUUUACGACAGUCUCUUCCUUGAGAGCAAUCCUGUCACCCGUGUUUAUAUCGAUGCUCAUGGUGGAAUAGGGCUGCAGGAUGCCAGCAAAAUUAUGUUUGCCAGUCAUAUCAGCAGAAGAGAUGGCGGUGAAUUCGUCCUAGUCUGCAAUGUCGGGGAUUCAUCAGAGAAAGGUGCGAAACGCGAGAAGUUAAACAGGAUCACUGCGGCUUGCUCGCGGCUGAACUGCCCGCCAGAUCGUGUGUGCGACAUGGACGACUUCCAUGAGGUCUGUGUGAAGUUGUGUGAAUCUGCGGUGGAACAGGGGAUCGCAUACCUCGAAUGCACCGACCGAGCGUGCCAGGAGUCUGAUGCAGGCAGUCGCUUCCAGCGUUUCGUGAGCGAGAGAUCGAGCUGUUGUCAGGCGCUCAGGUUUCGGAGCACCGAUGGGGAAUGUUCGGACCCCAAGGUGUUGAUGAAACAGGGCGGGAGGAGUUGGGGAUCGGUAGUCGAGGCGAUGCCUCUGCUUGCGCUGUCGGCGAUUGACCUGAUGAUGGGAACUUUUCGUGUUCUCUGCUCAGAUCGUGAAGCUUCCUUUGAUGUUGUCUAUCAGCAACUGAUGAGCGUCGUGAGGGGGUUGAAUGGUACCCAAGCACAGGAGAACCAAACCAGGGCCGAUUGUUCGAGCAAACCAAUCUUCUUUCCAGUGCUGCCCUUUGUGUAUCGAUCCAAAUAUUCGUCAGCAAGUCUUUCUUUUGACGUCUUCGAACUUUUGGAUCGUGGGAUGUGCGCUGAGGGUUUCAAGUGUUUCGCAUCGCAUAUGUAUCUGAAAGCUGACACGUCACAUUCCCAGUUGCUGUUCGACGAGAGCGAUUUGUGGAAACCAAACUUUGAUUAUCUCACAAAGAGGAUCCCAAAGCUGAGAGCAAUCCGGCAGGAAGCGCAUGGGGUUGUGAUAGUGAGGAACUAUGAUGAGGUCAUCCCUUACUCCCUUCCGUUGUCUGAACCUGUUCCUCUUACCUCGAUGAACGAGACGGGAGGGACGAAGCAGCUCGUGCGACCCCGGAUGAUGUGGAUGAACGAGUUCGACAUAGAGUCCAUGAAAGAAGAAGAUUAUGUCUAUCUCAAGGACUGGGGUGUUUUUAAAGUUGUUCGGAUGGAUUACGACGACGAGUCGCAAGUCAGAGCCCUGAUGGAUUUCUCGUUUGAGGAAUACUUAGAUCAUGAAUUGAAAGAUUUCUUGUGGGUACGAGGCUGCCCACAAGACUCAGCGAAUGGCGACGACCAGCUGGUCGAGUUGGAUUUUAUUUUUCGGAGAAUGCGCAGAUCAAGUGCGAGUAAGACGGAGGAGGAGGAGACGCGCAUGAGAGGAUGGGGUGAAAGUGAGUUCAAGCGUUUGGAGGUGGGGACGUUCGUGUUCAUCGAGGGAAUGGGUUUGUUCUUUGUAUCGUCCAAGUCCAAGCAAAUGGACAACUCGAUCUCGCAAGAACUGAUCGAGUUGGCUUCUGUUCCGUCAGGGAAGGCAAUUUCUGUCCGUUGA